GAAUAUCAAGGGUUAUACGGUACUGUACAAGAAGAAACAGCACCACCUCCGCCCCCGAAAUCAAAAAAAGGUUUUGCCGGCAUAGUCGGUGGCCUUUUUGCAAAGAAAGGGAAACGUGCCCAGUCUUCGACGAGUUCAAGUGGUACAACAGUAAGCUCGCACAACGAACUUGCUAUGUACCAGGGUGUGCCAUGCGAUUACGAUGACGACGAUGUCGAUUUUGACGUGCUCGGAUGGUGGAAGCGGAACGAACACAUGUCCCCAUGUCUCGGCAUGCUAGCAAGACAAGUGUUGUCUGUCCCAGUAUCAACCGUAGCAGUUGAACGAGAAUUCAGUGCUGGCGGCAACAUUCUAACCGACUACCGAAGUUGUCUUAACGCUGAAUCUCUUGAAACACUGGUUUGCAACCAAGAUUGGCUCUUGGCAAGACGUCGGGCUCAAGAGUCAUCGUACCAACUCGAAUCGGAGCAUUACAUGAAUGCAACCACAGACGGAAGUCCGAGUUCUGAAGAAUAAGUUAUAAAUUUUUUUUAUGUUAAUGUAAAUAUGUAAUUAAUUUUUUUAGGUGAGCGAUAUAUAAGCUCCUUCGAGGGUUUCUUUACGGUUCUUUACCUCGUCGCUUUUUUUGAACCGUCAGGAUAUUAAAUGUGGUUGUUCUUC